CAGAGGGUGGGGUUACUGUCAUUUUGGAUACUGACUCCUGUUGAAUUCAGUGAGUGCCGAAAAGUGCUCCACUCUGCCUGAUCCAUUAGGUCUACUGGUCUAUCGGUUUUCUGAGGACUGUUUUCACAAAGGUGUGAGGUUGUGUGCAUAAGGAAUAAGAGGCAUCCAAGAAGUUUUAAAAAAAACUUCCUGUAGUUUUCUUCAUCUGAAUCUUCUGUGAGCCGCAAAGAUGGAGCGGAUGCAGGACGAAAAGCCGCCGAAGAAGGUGACCUUAUACCUGCUCUUCAGCGUUUCAACAGCUGUCAUCGGCUCGCUACAGUUUGGCUACAACACCGGGGUCAUAAACGCACCAGAGCAGAAACUGCGUAGGUUUUUCCAGAAUGUGUCGAUGGAGCGGCACGGGGAGCCCUUCAGCCCAGGAGCCAACACCAUGGUGUGGAGCUUUGCAGUCGCCAUCUUCAGCGUGGGAGGCAUGGUCGGGUCCUUCUCUGUCGGAGCCGUUGUCACCAAAUUUGGCAGGCGUAAGUCCAUGCUAUUUGCUAACAUCCUGGCUAUCAUCGGGGGGGGUUUCAUGGGACUGUCGGCCCUGGCUCGUUCUUACGAGAUGGUCAUCGUGGGCCGGUUGAUCAUCGGUGUGUUCUGCGGUCUCUGCACGGGGCUGACACCCAUGUACGUGGGUGAGAUUGCCCCCACUGCUCUCCGAGGAGCCUUCGGCACGCUGCAUCAGCUGGGUGUGGUGAUUGGCAUCCUGGUGGCACAGGUCUUUGGUCUGGAGUUUCUGCUCGGCUCAGACUUUCUGUGGCCUCUGCUGCUGGCUCUCACCAUCCUGCCGGCCAUCGUGCAGAGCAUCCUGCUGCCAUUCUGUCCUGAAAGCCCCCGCUACCUGCUGAUCGUCCUCAACCAGGAGGAGGAGGCCAGGAAAGCCAUGGUGCGUCUGCGCGGCUGUGAGGAUGUGAGCGAUGAUAUUAAUGAGAUGAAGGAAGAAGGGAAGAAGAUGGCCUUGGAGAAGAAAGUGACCAUCCCUGAACUCUUCCGCUCCCCAAACUACCGCCAACCAAUCAUCAUAGCCAUAAUCCUGCAGCUCUCCCAGCAGCUGUCUGGUAUCAACGCUGUGUUCUAUUAUUCUACAGGUAUAUUUGACACAGCUGGUGUCACUCAACCCAUCUACGCCACCAUAGGAGCUGGAGUUGUCAACACCGUGUUUACUGUAGUUUCCCUCUUCCUGGUUGAACGGGCGGGGCGAAGGACCUUGCAUCUGAUUGGUCUGGCAGGAAUGGCUUUCUUUGCCCUCAUUAUGACGAUCUCCCUGGUUUUGGUGAAGACCCACCCGUCCCUGAGCUACCUGGCCAUCGUGGCUGUGUUCGGCUUUGUUGCCAGUUUUGAGAUGGGUCCAGGUCCAAUCCCCUGGUUCAUCGUGGCUGAGCUCUUCUCCCAGGGGCCCCGGCCUGCUGCCAUGGCCGUCUCCGGUCUAUCCAACUGGACCGCCAACUUCCUCGUGGGGCUGGGAUUCCCUAAACUUGAGGAACUUUGUGGUCCUUACGUCUUCAUCAUCUUCAUGGUCCUCCUCAUCGUGUUCUUCAUCUUCACCUUCCUGCGAGUACCUGAGACCAGAGGCAGGACCUUUGACGACAUUGCUCAGGGAUUCGCUGCCAGCGCAGGAAAACCCUCCGCGGUUCCUGAGCCGAUGGCCGUCGGCCUGACCGAGGGAAAAGAAGGUCCUCCAACCUCCCCCACAAGCAAGGUCCCCAUGGUGGAUCUUCCUUAGAAAGAAGAAGUAAAAGAAAUCCGGACACAACACAGACAAAAGGUUUUAAACACAUAGAUAUAAGGAGCUAUAUUUCAUAACACACAAACAGUGAAAAAGCAGUAAGGAAGGUUUCAAGCAUUAAAGGUUCCCUCGUCACAAACAUGCUUUAAUAAUUGACAGAAUUCCCUGUAAUCCUGUUUUAAACAUGGGCCAAACUUAACUGAAUUACUAGUACUUAAUAAUAGUUGACAUUCCCAUUGCCAGCCCCACGCAUACUGCCAUAUAAGAGGAUUAACAUAUGUUCAGCCUUAAGUCCCAGGUCUUCAGCUACCCCCAUGUUAAAAGGUUGUGGGAUUUGGGGGGGUUUAUGUAUUGAGGUCAAGCUUGAAAAGCUGGUUUUGGAUCCUGGUAGUUUGACCCAAAAAAGAACGACUGACUUGCUGUCCUGUCUGCAUGCCUGAUGUGCCUUGCUGCCUGGGGGAGGGAGCCAUGUUGUCUUAAGUAGACAGAAUGAGUAUAGAGGUGUUACAGCAGCCCCUCUCCCAUUUAAGUGUGCAAAAAAGCACUAUAAACUUAGAAUAAAAAUAUUUAAGCAUGUAGCAGAAUAUAAAUAUGUAUUAUCAUCCUGUAGCACAACAUCUCAUGAGAGUAAAGGGUGUUUGUGUUGGUGUGUUGUUUGAAAUUAUAGAAAUAAUUAAGACAGGUCUGUACAGCUGUCUGUAUGAACCACGUUGUUGAGGUGUAGGCUAACUGUCAGGCCUUAAAAAGUCUGCUCAUAGGCUUUCUGCUCCUAAAAAACACAACCUAACCUGUUUUCAAUGAUUUCAGCCAGUAUUUUGUAGUGCAGUCGUUUACAGUAAGCAUUACAACCUUAGGAUAAAAAACUCACGUGGCUACAUUUAUCAUCACUGUACUUGAAACUCUCUUGACAUCAGUAUGAAGCAGUAACUUCUGCAUCCUAGGCUAACAACAUCAUCAUAUUGCCAUCUCUAAAAUAGCGUUACAUUAAAUCAAGUGCUCAUCAGUGUUAUACAGUAAUUUGUGGUAAAUGUUUUGUAUUGAAACACUUUAAAAUCAACUGAUAACAACAAUACGCAUCUAACAUGAAAGAUAUUAGAUAUUGGAAAAUAUUACAUUGAUGAUAUUAACCAAGAGGUAUAGUAAUGUUGAGUAAUAACACUAAAUGAAUUGUAUUUAUUUUAGUAGUUAACGCACAAAAAAUGCCUUAUUGAUUGUUGUUCUUUCUAAUUUUCUGAAAUGAUGUACAUAAAUAUUGUAGAAUCUUCAGUAACUGAAUCAGGAUAAACUAUUACAACAUAAUAUACAUGCUUAUAUAUGUUGUGUCAAUGUUUGUACAGUUGUACUUCUUCUUGGAUGCGCGCACACUCAUAUGGAAAACAUUUUCAAUGUUUGAGCUUAGCAGCAUUUUAUCUGCACUUUGGCAGUCGGACUACUUUGUAAUAAUUGUUUAUAUUGUGCGUUUCUCUGUAAAUAUAAUGUAUGCAUUAGGAUGUUUGGUUGUGCCUCAUAAUCCUGUCUAAUCUGCUACAUUUACUGAUUUGUCUUGCACUGUCACUAUGGUGGAUGUCACUGUGUUGCUUAAUGGUAAUGGUAAGUCAGGAGUGUUAGAGCUUGAGUGUGCGUGAGAGUCACAGUAUCAUAAUGUACGCCUGCAGUAAUAAUAUUAGUGACUUGCUUUGAGAAACUAAAAAAGGAAAUAAAGUUGUCCAUCUUUAAGGGAAUGUGUGACUUGAAUUAUGAGCAUAAAAAGCCCUUUUUACUGUCUGUAAUGCUCGAGUCAAAGCAAUGAAUGUUUAAUGUGAUUGCAAUCUCUGUGCUAAAGUGAGAGUGUGAUUACUGUGGCAACUCCAUUUCCUUUUCUGCACCGCGGCUAAACCUCAGUCAGCUGUGCUGUUAUACACUGUAGAGCUAACCAAACCUCAGAAACAUUGAAAUAAAGCCAUAAGUUAAAGAACA